UGAUGUAUAUCAGUCACACUCAUACCUCCAACGUUCAGAUACCUCUGCUACACACACUGUUGCAAGCUUCACACCCACACUGCGUGCACACUGCCAGCAACACGUCACCCAAACACCCAUCAACACACAAGCCGAUGGAGGCAGCCCAAACACCUCAGCCCACCCCCACUGCGGGGGUGCUGGGACUGUCCACGCUGCUGAGGCUACGCCUGGUCCAACAGUGAGGAUGAAACCAUUCAUGACAUUCUCAGGUAUCUGAUCUUCCUCCUCGUAUCACUCAGCUCCUCGUCCCACGCAUGUUUCUGGUAUGAGCUGCAGAUGGUGUAAACCACGCACCUCCUACUUUCUCCUCCAAGUCUCGACCACUCCAUCUGCCUUUCAUAGUCAUACAGUGAGGAAACAGGCUCUUCGGCACAACUUGCCCACGCCGACCAACAUGCCCAUCUACACUAGUCCCACCUGCCAGAGCUUGGCUUAUCCCAUUAAACCUGUCCAGCCCAUGUACUUGUCCAAAUGUCUCUUAAAAGUUAUGAUAGUACUUGCCUCAACUUCCUCCUUCAGUAGCUUGUUCCAUAUACCCAGCACCCUUUGUGUAAAAAUAAAAGUUACCCUUCAGGCUCCUAUUCAAUCCUUCCACCCACCCUCUCUAAUUCCUGCUGUAUUCUGACAUCUGAGGCAUAUUUGUUGCAGCAAUAGGGCAUUGCUGAGGCUUUUAAGUCAACACAAACUCCAAGAAUGCUACUCCCUGUAGAAUCUCAUCACCUCUUAAAGUCUGCAUACACACAGGUAAAAGAUCAGCAACUGCCUUGGAAGGGUCAAACUAUCCAUUUAGUUUGGGGCGAAGAUGCUUUCAGUGGCAUUUAACACUUAACACUUGACUCUCCUUGUCUGCCUUACAAAUGGCAUUAGCUCCAUCACCCAGGUCCAAUUUGGCAGGGCUGUCCUAAAAGCAGAUGUUGUCAACAUCUGGCAGUUGACAUAAUUCACUACAUCUGUCGGGGUGGGAGAUUGCAACCUUCAAGUGGUCCAACCUGUUUCGACUGAUGAAAUCAACCCGACGUGCACAAACAAAUAGAUCAAGUAGAACAGGUUGACACAACUUUAGUCUGUGCACGCCAUACGCAAGAAGAAGACUACAUCUGUCGAGCUGCUACCUCACUCUCUUUCUGCAAGAUGGUGAUAGGGUCAUAGGCACGGAAGCAGGCCUUUUGGCCAAUAUGCCCAUGCAGACCAAGAUGUCCCAUAUAUACACACAAAUGCCACCUACCUGUGUUUGGCCCAUAUCCCUCUAAACUUCCCUAUCCAUGUAUCUGGCCACAUGUCUUUUAAAUGUUGUUAUGGUACGUGCCUCACAUACCUCCUUUGGCAGCUCAUUCCAACCCCAUUUCGGACAUUGGACUUUGUCUUUGGAACUAAUAAUUACAAUGCUGAGAACUAUCCUAUACUCACCAACUAGAGAGUGGUCCUGACCUCCCAUCUACCUCAUUGGAGACCUCGGACUAUCUUUAAUCGGACUUUACUGGACUUUAUCUUGCACAAAACAUGAUUUCCUUUAUCCUGUAUCUGUACUCUGUGGAUGACUUGAUUGUAAUCAUGUAUGGUCUUUUCGCUGACUGGAUAGCACACAACAAAAAGCUUUUCACUGCACCUCGGUACACGUGACAAUAAUAAAUUAAACCACAUGCCCACAACCCUCUGUGUGGAAAAUGUUGCCCCUCAGGUUCCUAUUAAUAUUUUUCCCCCACUUCUUAAAACUCUGUCCUCUGGUUCUCGAAUCCCCGACUCUAUUCAUUUGCCCUAUCUAUUUCCCUCAUGAUCUUUUACUCCUCUUAAGAUCACCUCUCAUCUACCUGCUCUCCAAAGAAUAAGUGGGAUUAGGCCCUGUAUGCCUACUUCUUUUAACCAUCUAUACUACUAAAACACUAUGUCUUGUGAUGUCAUUGAUUAAACACCCCGCGACACUUAAUCAUGGUGAAUAUUUAGCGCCCUUCCUCAUUUCGUGCCCAGCUGCACAAUAACAUGGCACAUGUACCACACCCAUGCUGGCUGCUUACUGGUUUCCAUGACACCCAAACAACCAGAAACCCAUGUGUGACUUAAUUUGACGGAGAGAGGAUCCCUCCUUGUCAGAUCCUGCCUGGAUGGUCAGAAUCUCGCUUCCAACACACGCAAGGUUCAGAUUUAUUGUUGUCACAUGUAUAGUGGAAAGCUUAGCUUGCGUGCUAUCCAAUCAGAGCGGAUAAUACUACACAAAAAUACAAUCAAGUCAAACUCCAGUACAAUGGGUAGAGCAACGACAGAUGGCACAAUGGGCUAAGUGUUCGGCUGGUGACCGGAAGGUAUCCCGGUUCGAAUCCCGCUUGGAGUGCAUACUGUCGUUGUGUCCUUGGGGCAAGACGCUUCACCCACCUUUGCCUGUGUGUAAUGUAAUGUAAUUAUGUGAAGCACUUUGGGGUCAAUGCAAGUUGACUGAAAAUGUGCUAUAUAAAUAAGAUUAUUAUUAUUAGCAAAGAGGAAGAUACAGAGUGCAGAAUAUAGUUUAUUUAUUAUUGUCACGUGUACCGAGGUACAGUGCAAAGUUUUUUUGUUCCAUGUACAGAUUGAGGAUAAAGGAUAUAAUGCUUAGUGCAAGGUAAAGUCCGAUUAACGAUUGUUUGAAGGUUUCCAAAGAUGGGCGGUAAGGACCACUCACUAAUUAGUGAGUACAGUAUAGUUCUCUCCAUUGUAGCGCACCAGUUCCAUAGACAGUCCAAUGUCCGCAAUGAGGUAGAGGUCAAGAGUCAAAAGAGUUUUAUUGUCAUGUGUCCCAGAUAUGACAGUGAAAUUCUUGCUUGCUGCAGCACACAUAAUAUGUAAACAUAAUACGGAACAGGAGAUAAAAGUUCAGUGUGUCUAUAUACCAUAGACCAUAUAUAUAAAAUAUAUAUAUGCACAGUAAAUAAACAGAUAAAGUGCAAUAGGCUGUUAUUGUUCGGAGUUUGUUUGAUGGCGCGUUUAAUAGCCUGAUGGCUGUGGGAAAGAAGCUGUUUCUGAACCUGGAUGUUCCAGAUUUCAAGCUCCUGUACCUUCUUCCCGAUGGCAGCGGAGAGAUGAGUGUGUGGCCAGGAUGUGGGUGUGGGUCUUUGAUGAUGCAGGCAGCCUUUUUGAGGCAGCAACUGCGAUAGAUCCCUUCGAUGGCGGGGAGGUCAGAGCCGAUGAUGGACUGGGCAGUAGUUACAACUUUCUGCAAUCUUUUCCGCUCCUAGACGUUCAAAUUACCGAACCAAGCCACGAUGCACCUGUAGAUGUUUGAGAGAGUCCUCCUUGACAUACCGACUCUCCAUAAUCUUCUCAGGAAGUAGAGGCGCUGAUGUGCCUUCUUUACGAUUGCAUCAGUGCUGGGACCAGGAAAGAUCUUCGGAAAUAUGCACGCUCGGGUGUAUUGGACAGUACCAUAGCUUAUGGAAGGAUUGUUCAGAGGCCUGAUAAAGAGUGGAAGAAGCUGUCCUGAGUCUGAUGGUGCAUUGUUUCAAGCUCUGAGAAUAUCCCAUAGCCCUUUAUUGUGUAGAUGACUUAGUUAUUAGGUCCCAGCCUAGAGUAUUUGUGGUCAUUUUUCACAAAUGACCGAAAUGACAACUUAUUUUCACAGCUUUCCUUAAUAGAGUUUGAACCUGCAAAUAACAAGGUUAUGACACCCGUGUUAAAACUGCAGCCGUGUUAUUCUUUUAACUAUAAGUUUUUAAUGCAACGGGGCCAGGACAUUUCUGGGAACUACUCCCAUGUUUUUGCAAGAACUCCUCUCGAAGUCACUAGAUUGGGACAGCAGCAACUUGCAGAAAUUUCCAGCCACUGUGUCAGUGAAACGACAGGCAGUACAAAGUAUCAAUGUAGUUUCUCAGAGGUGUUUUUUUUGUUUCAUCUUUGCUAGUUAAUAACUGGCUCUUAAAUACACAGUGCCAUUACAUCUCACUUUUUCCAGUCAUCGUGGGAGAGAAUGUCACAGGGUGCUGGCCUUAUUUGGAAAGAGGAAGUUAUUUUCUCGCCAAAACUGUGCAGAAACAUGCCGUGAUGCAAUUUCCGUUCCCUGAGUGUUUCCACCUGCCUACAGCCUCUUUAUAUAGUGUGUGUGUGGAGUAGAUGUGCUGAUAAAAUUGCUCUGCUCAUUGGAGUUGUAUACGUGUGGUUGGUAAUGGCGCUCAUUUUACAUGCAUUUCACCUGGAGUAUUGAUACUGUGGCACAGUAACCUUCACGGGCGACCCAACAAUAACAAAAAAAAAAGAAAAUAAAGACCUUAACUUUGCACUGCUGAUUGGAUUAAUGAAGGUUUUAAGUAACUCUGUUCUGUCUAAAACACUAACCGUAAGCAACAUGGAACCACCUGGUGAGGUGGUAAAGACACUACUAACAGAACCAGCAGAGCUGACAGAUACUGAGAACCUCCAACUGGUGCUGUCAAACAGCAAGAACUUGGCUUCUUCCCUGAUUGAUCAUCAGUGUACAUUCAGCAUCAAGACAAACCAAUUGCGCAAAGAACAGGCAAAGUGUGAUUUGUCAACAUGCAACAUGGAAGGAAAGCCUUUCAAGCCAUCAGAGAAAUCUUGCUGUCAAGUCCAACACUCUCAAGAUGCCAGAUUGAAGCACUGCAAGAAAAACAAACCAAAGGGAACGUGGCCUUUCCGUAAAAACUCAGCACGCAGUGAAUCCCAUUCUUCCAAGAAUGACGGCCUUUUUGAUCGGCCUCUUAAAGACGUUUGUGAUCACAAAGAUGUUCUCAGCAAGCCAAUCCUGGAUAUCCUGACUGUCCUGCUCCAGAAAGGACCCUCUUCAGUUGGAAUAUUUCGAAAGUCGGCAAAUGUAAAGACCUGCAAGGAACUAAUUGAAAAACUAAACACGGGAAAGGAAGUGUUCUUGGAGGAAGAACCCGUCAACCAGUUGGCUGCUGUCUUCAAGAAUUUCCUACGGAGAAUCCCAAACAGCGUCCUGGCGACCGAACUAUACGACAGCUGGAUGGUGGUUAUGGAAAAAGUGCCCUCUGAAGAAAGAAUUGCAGAGAUCAAACAGCUUCUGGCAAAACUUCCAACCCACAACUGCCUCUUACUUCGCUAUGUGUUUUGUCUGCUCCACUACAUUAAUAAGCACUCGGAGGUGAACAGGAUGGAUGCCUACAAUCUUGCUAUUUGCAUUGGCCCAAAUAUGCUCUGGCCCAACAAACCACCACUGGAUGCACUGCAGAAAGAAGUAACUGCAAAGGUUGUGUCUCUGACGCAGUUUCUGAUCGAGAACUGUUGCCCGAUAUUUGGUAAUGAGACAACCACACUUCUCGGUGAACCAGCACAAGGGCUAUCUGAAAACACCGACAACCUGGACAUGUCCCCAUCUCACCAAAACGACUCUGCCUACGACAGCACUGACCAGGAUGACUGGAAAGAGGGAGAGAAUGAAAAAUGGCAAAGAGCAAACUCCAGCUCUUGCCGACUGUCGAUGAGCCAGGAAAUGCUGAGGAUGGCGAGAAGGCAGGACUGUCAAACAGACGUAACCGCUAGGGCCACAGCUUCUUGUAGCAAUGAAUCAAUUGAUGGCAGAGCAACUUUUAGACCAAACGUAACAGCCCAUCCAUCCGGACUUGCAACUGGACAGCGAACCAUGAGAGUUAAUAGACGCAGCUCUGAGCCGACAUUAGCUGUUGCCUUCAACCCGAGAAAGAUCAACGGGCAGGGAUUACUUGCAAGAAGCCAUGAUGAUUGUUCAGUACCGUUUGAUGUGGAUUUCAAUCAGCAUCAAAUGAACAAACAGGUAUCUGAGGAAAGCUUUACGAGACACGUCAUUCACACCAGGCCGGGCAACUUUAAUGUCAGUUCACACUCUGAGCUUUCUACUGCCUCCUCUUCAAAGGCUUCUUCAGUUUCUUCUCUGACUAGCUCAUGUUCAAACAUGUCGGAGAACUCCGUUUUUAUUUGCUCCCCGCUUGUUUCCCCUACUUGUUGUCAGGAGAAUUAUGUCUUUCCAGACCAUUCAACUAAACUUCAAACUAAUGCAAUGCCAGACUCAAAUAGUUAUGUUAAAAGCACUAAAGAAAGAGCCAAGAAACCUCUAACAAAGACUUACAGCUGGGGCCCAUCGAGGACACUUCAUACAAACCAAGAAUAUUUCAAGGAUAACACGCUGAGAGAGAAGGUGCCGGCCUGUCAGACGGUCCCUGAGGCCCAAGUUGAAGACAGUGGAACUGCCAGAUUCAGGACUCGCGUCAUGUCUGUAGAUGAAGUGUUUCAACAGGUUGACAGUAAAAAACGCCGCAGCCCCCCUUCUUAUACUCAAGCUAUUGAAGAAAGUUAUCCAUCUAUUCCUUCAACGAAGCAAAUGACAGUGAGAAACAUGAAAAGUCAGUUGCAGCGGAAAGAACACAUGAGAUUUGGUGGCAAGUUAGUCGCCGGACAGAGAGACAGACCUUGUUCGUUAACAGACGAGCUGCUCUAUCCUUCACAUGAACAUCAGCUCGAUCUUGAUUCCUGUGAUGAACAAACCAGAGUUUUUUAUCAGUCUGAAGCUCUGCACAAUUGUUCUGAGCAUGUUGUGCAUCUCACAAGACCUGAAAAAGCACAAUGUUACAGAGGGAGAGCUAUGUCAGAGUCUGCAGGCAGAAGCACGCAUCAAAUGUGGUCCACUCAAGCCUUUGUGGGCUACAAAGACUUUCAGCAUGCUAAAGAGUCUUAUGUGUAACAUUUGCGCAAACUAUAAACCAUGUUGUUAAUAUUCUGUUAAUGCACUAGGACAACAUAAAAGCUGUUCUGUUCCAUGAUGUCUUCCGUUAUGGUUGUAUAUAGUCUAAUGGAAUAAAAUAGAACCAUUAAGUAACAUUGCCUCUGAGAUUUUCUGAUUGGGGAUUCGUAUAGUUCAGUGGUGCAGCUGUAGCUUCAUGGAGCCCGAGUCCCUGGUUCAAUCCUGACCUUGGAUGCUGUCUAUGCGGAGAUUGCACGUUCUGCCAUGACUAUGUGGGUUACCUCUGGGUGUCCCGGUUUCCUCCCACAUCCCAAAGAUAGGCAGGUUCUUUGGUGAAUUGGCUGCUGCAGUGGAUGAGAAAGUGGGAUAACAUAGAACUAGUGCAAACGGAUGAUCAAUGAGUCAGCGUGGACUCGGUGGAUGAAAGGGCCUGCUUCCAUGCUGUAUCUCUAAAACUAAAACUAACGAGGCUAUAUGAGUAGAAUUUAGAAAUAAAAAGGGAAUGAUCACAUUGAUGGGGUAGUUUUUUAGAGAUACAGCAUGGAAACGGGCUCUUCAGUCCACGAGUCCCCACCAACCAGCGAUCAGCCUUACACUAGUUCUGUCCCACACACUCGGGACAAUUUACAGAAGCCAAUUAACCUACAAACCUGCAUGUCUUUGGGAUGUGGGUGAAAACUGGAGCACCCAGAGGAAACCCACAUGGUUAAAGGGAGAACGUGCAGACUCCACACAGACAGCACCCAUAGUCACAAUCAAACCCGGAUCUCAGGCAGCAUCUCUACCGCUGUGCCACUGGGCCGCCUCCUAUUGUACGAUAGGUGCCUCAAUAAUUGGUAAGGUCAUAAGUGAUAGAAAUAGAGUUAGGCCAUUCAGCCCAUCAGGUCUACUCCGCCAUUAAAUCAUGGCUGAUCUAUCUCUCCCUCCUAACCCCCAUUCUCCUGCCUUCUUCCCAUAACCUCUGACACCUGUACUAAUCAAGAAUCUAUAUAUCUGCCUUAAAAAUAUCCACUGAUGAUCUCCAUAGCCUUCUGUGGCAAAGAAUUCCACAGAUUCACCACCCUCUGACUAAAGAAAUUUCUCCUCAUCUUCCUAAAAAAUCCUUUAAUUCUGA